UUGAGAUUUUCCUUUGUGUAUUUUUCGGUAAUUGAUUGUCGAUGGAAUUUUUUUUCAUUUAACUUCCAUAAAAUGUGAUUUAUUCCGACGAAUUAGGGUUAACAAGUCAACUUACGUUGAAUAGAUUCGAUUCAUUUUUGUUUAAGUUCCAUGCAACACCACAUGUACAGUGAAAAUCUCAAAUUCUAACCUGCACGAAGUAAAAGUUCUGUCGGGAAUAUCAUACGCAAACAAUAUGAAUCGACAGGACCAUGUUAUCAAUUUCAAAAAAUUUAAACAAUUUCUGGGAUUCUCAGGAAAUAGGCCAGGUGGCAAUCAAAGAUCUAACUUUGCUGUUGAUGCUGAGCUUGAGCGCAACCUUCAGCCGGAGACACCAGUGGCACAGAGAUGCAAAACACUCAGGGAAUUAGGGGAUGCCGUUAAGGCAAACAAAUUAGAAGAUGCAUCGAUUAAGAAACUAUGGGAUCUCACCAAAGAUUUGAUAGUUCCAAACAAGCCGGCUGAACAGCGGCAAACAGCGCUAGUAUUUUACCAGAAACUGAUCCAAGGACAGUUCGAAAGUUUAGGCCUGAUGCGUGGGCACUUUUUCCGUGUCAUUCAGGAGCACAAUGUUGCCGAGGACACUCUGCAGCGCCUGGACAUAUUGAGAACGUUAACGGAUAACGGCAAAAAUAUCAAAGACUUUGAGGAUAGCAUCGGUGCGUUUAUGGUGCAAUGGAUUCAGGUCAUUGUGGAUGAAGGUGUCACCGAAUCGUAUUUGGAAGUGCUUGUCAAUAUGAUCAAAUACAACGCAGCCCAUCUGGAAAACAACGAUCUGGUGGGGAUUGUCCAAAAUGCGUGUUGCCUCAGCUCCCGAAUCGACGACACACGAACCGUUUUGCAAUGUCUUCAGGUGCUGGACGCAGCCCUGUGCUGUCGAGGCAUACCAAUCGAAACGUUACCGUUGUGUAUAGUGGCACUGUGCCAUACCGUCAACCGGGAGAAUUAUUGCCAGGCUUCGUGGAAAAUUAUGAAAAAUCUACUGGGCACGAAUCUGGGCCAUGCUGCACUGUUGACGAUGUGCAAAAUUUUGAACGACGAAUUGAUGUACAACGACGAAGCACUACUGCGUGGAGCAGUUUUUCACAUUAACAUGGGAUUGUGGGGAUCGGCCGUACCGAAGUUACGCUGUUCGCCGUCGACCGUAUUGAUGAGUUUUUUGCAUGCACUCGGUAGUAAGCGAAUCAUAGUUACGUACGAGGUCAUUCUGAGCAUUCAACGGUUGAUCAAAAUGAACGGCAACAAACUAAGUGAACCGUCGUGGGAUGUGAUAUGUGACAUUCUCUGCGCAAUAUCGGAGAAUAUUUCGUUUUACGAGAAGACCAGUUCCCUAUCCAAAGAUCACAUCGUCCAAACAUCAUUCCACGAAACGAUCAACAUCAUCGAGUCUCUGCUCCAGAAAAACGAAAUCGCCGCCAAUCCGGAUCGCAUCUACAAACUGAUCGAAUCGGUGUGCGAAGACCGACCGGAAGUGUCGUGCAUGCAUUUGAUCAAUUACGCGUCGUCGAAAAUUGGUGCCACGAAGCCGGAAUGGCUGCAGGCUCUGUACAAUUUCAUCGAACGAUUUUAUGGCAUGAAGAAUGCCAACAUUCGGGUUAAAUCGCUGCAAUCGUUAAUACAAAUCAUGGACGUCAAUCGUGCCGCGUAUGAAGAGGAAAUAUUGGAGAGGGUGGUCAUACCGCACUUCAGUAAUGUUCACAUGGAGCCUGAUAUAAAUGUGAGGAGUGCCGUUGGCAAAUUGUUAAUCGAUUUUGCAUGGCAUUGCGAUUCGAAGCGAUGUCUCGAGUUGUUGGACAUUGUGGAAAAGCUACUGAACCGUCCUUUCGAAAUGUAUGAACACAACAAAACGACACUGAGAACUGACGCCGAUAUUCAGGAUGUUGUUACCAUUGUGGACGGUUUAAUCGAUACCUUCAUCGUGAAACUCUAUCGAUUACCAUCGUCACACGCCAUCAAAAUCUACCAUUUGUUGAUCGGACAUCUGGAAAAGUAUUACCAGACACCGGCUCUGCUCGAUUACUCCAGCACGAUUCGUUCAAAAAUAUUCGGUUGGAUGCUGCGAGCGAGGGCCAACGCAACAUUUCACAUUGGCUAUCCCGAUAUGAGCAACGUCAAUCAAGUCAGAUUCAGUCAUUACCUUGGCAUCGAUCAGCAUCAUCAACACCACGCCAUGAGUUUUCAACACACCCAAGCCCAACAAACCCAAUCCGGCCAAUCAUCCGGAUCGGGGCAACAAAGCGAUGUGUCCAGUGUACCAACAUCGAUGUUCUCGACCAUAUCGAUACGACGCGGUUGCAAACGUAUCGUCGAAUGUUUGAAAAAGGAAAAGGAUUGGAACAUCAUACAGUUGGUGCUGAAGGAGCUGCCGAAUAUAUUGCAGAACAAGGCCAUUCUUCAGGGGAACGAUAUGGAUACAUUGGCGACAACUUUGAUUGGAAUGUACAUGAACAAAAACUCCAUGGACCUCCUGGCUCCGUCUAUGAAUCGGCCCAAUUUCGCCGAACUCCAUGCGUUGAUCUUGCCGAACAUUGCGAGUCUGGUCCCGUACAACCAAGUAAUCGGUCAACACACGCAGAAGCAUAUGAUUGAGGCACUAACGACGGGACUUUUUUCACGGAAUCCCCAAGUGUGUGUCCAUGCGUUAACCGUUAUGCUGCUGGAGAUGCCGGAAAUGAUGUUGCGACAUUUGCCGGAAGUUUUGUUGGAAAUGAGUAAAAUGUCGACCACUGUCAAUGUAGCCGUGCCCGUACUCGAAUUUUUGUCCACACUGAUCCGUUUGCCCAGUCGACGAUUCGCCAAUUUUGUGCUAGUGCAAUACAUGUACGUGUUUGCGAUAUCGGUGCCGUAUACAAAUCCGUACAAGUACGACCAUUACACUGUCUCUUUGGCCCAUCACGUCAUAGCCGGCUGGUUCUUGAAGUGCAAAGUUCCGCUCCGACGAAACUUUGUUAAUUACAUCAUCAAGAAUUUCGAGACGAACAUUCAGAUUCCCUUCCACGAAAUCAAGAAAAUGGAUUUCUCGCAGAUGAACAACGAAGAUUCGUCGAACCGUAAACGCAGUUCGAGUUUGACGGAGCAAAGCUCCAGACAUCGCGAUCGAACGUUGCAAAAGAUAACAACCCGGCCGAAGCAAGACGAUGCUUUGUACAAUUUCCAUAUGGAAUUGGCUGAGACUUGCAUCGAUUUCUUGGCACGACACACGUUCUCGCCGUGUUCGGCCCUGCCGAAGAGAUUUCCGACUGUAAGUUCCUUACUUGCCGGCGGGCAGUCACAAAGUUGGUUGGUCGGUCACAAUAUUAUCACCAUCACAACCAGUGGAUGCAAUUCACAUCAGCUACGUAAUGGAUUGUGUGACCGUUGCGCGCUACUCUGCAAAGCUUCUACACGAGCUAGUGGUAACUCGUCAAUGGGGCCCACAUCACCUGAAACAGUGUCAACGCGUACGGAUUCAUCGUCCGUGAAUAAACGCUAUACGAAAGCCAGUCUCCAACACACAAGCGGACAAGAAUCGUCGAGCACAACAUCUUCGAUAUCGUCAUCAACUGUUCCAACACCAUAUCAUCAAAGCACUGACAGCGGCAGUCGAUUCUUCCGACAAACUUCGAAUGAUGCACGUUUCAGCAGCACAUCCGGAUCGUUAGAAUUUCUAUCACGGCGUGGCAGUAAUCCUGACACACCCGACAAUACGGAUUCUUUCAUCAAUUCGGCCCGUUCCAAUCAGUCGAUUUCAUCGAAUUUGCAAACGUCACCGCAACAGAUUCCCGAACGAUCGAAGCAAACGUGCAGUUGUUCGUGUACCGGCUGGGCGGAAAUAUGCGUUCGACGUCCGACUGGAAACAUAUCAUGGAUCAUGCGCGUCCAAAAUCAGAUGUCCAUUGACACACCGACCGAAGUUCCUCUGCAAGAUUUGAUAACGCUGUUCAUGCCGUCGUUGGGCGGAGUGUUUGGUUCCGAUUUUCUCGCUGAUAGUCCAUUCUUGAACUCAAGUACACUCACUCCGGAAACGAUCAUCGAUCAUCAACGGAAAAUUGCCGUACUCUCGAGUGAACUAUCAGACGUUAAGUCGCAGGAAGAGCAGAAAAGGGAAGUGGAAAGCAACAAUUUGUCAGUGAAACAAAAGUCGAUUUCUCCCCCGAGCGAGACAGUUACAUCACCGAUAGACAUACCGAAGCAAUCUCAGCCGAAAAAGGAAGCAGCUGGAAGUUUUAGUGAUGUUGAACCGGAAAAGGACGAUGAAAAUCCGGAUGUACCUUUUGAAGAUGAUGAAGCCUCGAGGCUCAGAAACCCAGUAAGGAGAGUGAAUUCUAGUCCUGAAAUGAGUUCCAGUUGGAAGAAUCCGUUUCUGGGGCAAAAAAAUCCAAUCGGAAGUAAUUCUGGAGGUGGUGCCGGCCAGGAGGAGGAAGGUAUCAAUGUGGAAGGUGAACAACAGCAGAAAAAGAAAAGCUUUGGAAAAGAUAUGAGAGUGAGUUGCGAAGCCAUUCCGGAAGAAAUUGCUGGAUCGACACCACCGAGCCAUCCGGAUUCUGUCAAAGAGGUGGAAACUAGUCUACAUCCGAAGGUUCUUGUGGCCAGUGCAACGGCUGUGACGGCCAAACCUGCCACAUUGGUUCCUUCGUCUUCAUUUCCAACAAGUGAAACCGUUGCCGACGCUAAGCAGUCACUACAAACGCACAGUCAAAGCCCACCGAAAAAGCAGCUUUCUGCUGACGAUGCCUUAAUGCCAUGUAAAACGGAUCAGAAAGCUGAUCAACCCGCAACAUCGAAACUAAAACUGCCGAUGGAUAUGCCCAAAGUGACAACAAAGCCACCUCAUUCACCUGCACCGCUAUCGCCGAGACUUUUGGCCAAAAAUGCAGCUAACAAAAUUGCAUCAAUUCAAUUUGCUCCAUCCGCUGGAACAGCAUCAAGUAAUGGUGAUUCGUAUCAUCGAGGACGAUCCAAGACCAUUUCGGUUGUGCGAGAACAUGAUAAUCGUGACAACUCGAAAUGGACAUUCCGUGGCACACGCACGGGCAUUAGUCCAAGCUCAGUCUUCUUGCAACUGUACAACACCGGUCCGAAUUCAUCCGUCGAUCAUCCCAUUCACAUUGGAGCGAACAAUGCCAAGGCGAUUGCAUUGUUGGAUCUGAUACCGCCGUUUGAAACACAUAAGAUCGGUGUCCUGUAUGUGGGACCGGGGCAGUGUGCAAACGAAACGGACAUACUGAAGAAUCGUUAUGGCAGCUUUCGGUACACUCAGUUUUUGAAGAACUUGGGAACGUUGGUGUCGUUGAAGGACGCGAAGGAACAUAAUUUAUUUGUCAACAUGGAUUCGACGGGACGCGAUGGCAAUUUCACGUACAUUUGGCAGGAUGACAUCGUUCAGGUGACAUUCCAUGUGGCCACACUGAUGCCGAAUAAGGAACAGGAUCCGUUGUGUCACGAGAAGAAGAAGCACAUCGGGAAUGAUUACGUUACGAUCGUGUACAAAGAAAGCAACGAGGAGUACAAUUUGAAUACCAUCAAGGGUCAAUUCAACUAUGCGUGCGUCAUCGUUGAACCCAUGGAACUGAACAGUAACCGAAUUUUCGUGCGGUCUAAGGAAGAUGUGUCCAAAUAUGUGGGCUAUUCAGAACCGAAAAUUGUGUCCGACAGUAGUGCGCCAUUAUUAGCUAGACAGUUGGCUCUGCACGCUAAUUUGGCUUCGCUUGUAUCACAAUCACUAAAAACGAAAAAUCAAAGUCCGUACGCAUCGAAUUGGUUGGAACGAUUGCGCAAAAUAAAGCAUCUUCGAGCGAAGCUUUUGAAAGAUAACAUUUCGUCAACGUCAGAUCACUCAGGUAACAGCACCACGUCUAGUGGUAUCGAUUCGCCUUGGUUGAAGGAGGACUUCACAACAUAUACACAGUAGUAUGUCAUGAUGUUGAGAGAUAUUCGUAAAUAAAUUGAUUUUCAGCUAAAA